UGGAUGAUGUCCAGGUCUCCUGCUACCGAACUCUGAGUAGUAUCUACUCCCUGGGGACAACCAAAAAUCCGUAUGUGGAGAGGCAGAGGCCCCAACUUGGAGAAUGCUUGGCACGGCUGGCAGCGGCGAUGCCCGUGGCUUUCCUGGAGCCGCAUAUCAACGAAUUCAACCCUUGUUCUGUUUAUACCACCAAGUCCCCGAGAGAGAGAGCCAUCUUAGGCCUACCGAACUGUGUGGAGGAGAUGUGUCCAGAUAUUCCAGUCCUGGAGAAGCUGAUGAAGGACAUCAACGGGCUGGCGGAGUCGGGGGCUCGCUAUACCGAAAUGCCCCACGUAAUCGAGGUCACCUUACCGAUGCUUUGCAAUUACCUGCCCCGUUGGUGGGAGAGAGGUCCGGAGACCAACGCGCAGGGUCCUUGGUGCACGGAAGUGACCUCUAACCAGCUCAACACCUUGCUGGGAAACAUCCUGAAGAUCAUCGUCAGCAACCUGGGCAUAGACGAAGCAUCUUGGAUGAAGCGGUUGGCAGUCUUUGCACAGCCCAUUGUCAGCAAGGCCAAGCCCGAAUUGCUCCGUUCCCAUUUCAUCCCCACCAUGGAGAAGCUGAAGAAGCGCUCCGGGAAAGUGGUGGCGGAGGAAGAACAGCUGCGGCUGGAGGCCAAGUCCGAAUCGGAAGACACGGAGCUUCUCAUCCGGGAUGAGUUUUCGGUGCUGUGCCGCGACCUCUACGCCCUCUACCCGUUGCUGAUCCGCUACGUGGACAACAACAGGGCCCACUGGUUGACCGAGCCCAACUCGGACGCUGAGGAACUGUUCCGGAUGAUUGGGGAAAUCUUUAUUUAUUGGUCCAAGUCCCAUAAUUUUAAGCGAGAAGAGCAAAACUUCGUCGUUCAGAACGAAAUCAACAACAUGUCCUUCCUGACAGCCGACAGCAAAAGCAAAAUGUCGAAGUCAGGCGGCUCGGACCAGGAACGGCACAAGAAGAAACGCCGAGGGGACCGCUAUUCCGUACACACGUCCCUCAUCGUGGCCACGCUGAAGAAGAUGCUUCCCAUCGGCCUGAACAUGUGUUCCCCAAACGACCAAGAGCUGAUCACCCUGGCCAAGCUGCGCUACGCCUUGAAAGACACCGAUGAAGAGGUGCGUGAAUAUCUCAACAACAACCUUCAUCUUCAAGGCAAGUGUGAUAAUUCCUGCUCCAUGCGCUGGCAGAUGGCCCUCUACAAGGAAAUGGCUGGGAAGGCCGAGGACUGCAACAAGCCAGAGAAGAUUGUCAAACGGGUUCAAGAAGUCUCUGCUGUGCUCUACCACCUGGAACAGUUAGAGCACCCGUACAAAUCCAAGAAAGCCGCGUGGCACAAAUUGCUCUCCAAGCAACGGCGUCGCGCAGUGGUCGCGUGCUUCCGCAUGACACCCCUCUAUAACCUGCCCAGGCAUCGGGCUUGCAACAUGUUCCUGGAGAGCUACAAGUAUUCCUGGAUCUUCAGUGAAGAGCAUCCCUUUGAAGACAGAAUGAUUGACGAUCUGUCUAAACCUGGGCCACAGGAAGAGGAAGAGGAAGAGGAAGGCCCUUGCACUGGGAACCAGCAGAGUUUAGCACAUAGCCGAUUGUGGGAUGCUGUCAUCGGUUUCCUUCACGUCUUUGCUCACAUGAUGAUGAAACUGGCUCAGGACCCUGGACAGCAUAACUUUCUUGUGUUUCUGCAGUCCCGUUGUCAAAAUAUAAUUUGUAUCCUUGGUUGUAUCUACUCAGGAAACGUGGUGCACGGCACCAUCGCCCGGCAGAUGGUGGACAUGUUGGUGGAGUCCUCCAGCAACGUGGAGAUGAUCCUCAAGUUCUUCGACAUGUUCUUGAAACUCAAGGACAUUGUGGCCUCCGAUGCCUUCCGCGACUACAUCACAGAUCCGCGGGGCCUCAUCUCCAAGAAGGAUUUCCAGAAGGCCAUGGACAGUCAGAAGCAAUACACGCCGUCGGAGAUCCAGUUCCUCCUCUCCUGCUCAGAGGCCGAUGAGAACGAGAUGAUUGACUACGAAGAGUUUGCCAACCGUUUCCAGGAGCCCGCCAAAGACAUUGGCUUCAACAUUGCUGUGCUGCUGACAAACCUCUCGGAGCAUAUGCCUCACGACGCCCGCCUGAAGACCUUCCUGGAACUGGCUGAGUGCAUCCUCAACUACUUCAAUCCUUACCUGGGCCGCAUUGAGAUCAUGGGGGCCAGCAAACGCAUUGAACGCAUCUACUUUGAGAUCAGCGAAGCCAAUAAGACCCAGUGGGAGAUGCCUCAGGUCAAGGAAUCCAAGAGGCAGUUCAUCUUCGACGUGGUGAACGAAGGAGCCGAGUCAGAGAAGAUGGAGCUCUUCAUCAACUUCUGUGAGGACACCAUCUUUGAGAUGCAGAUCGCCUCCCAGAUUUCAGAGGAGGAAGGAGAGGCAGUGGAAGAGGAGGAGGAAGAAGCAGAAAGCACCGAAAGUGGGGAAUCGGAGAGUGCGUCGGCGCCUUCAGAGGCGUCUUCGGUCUUUGGGGAGUUUCUGGAGAGCAUCCUGAAUUUCUUCCACUUGUUCACCUACCGCAACAUCCGCCGACAGUUCCGCAAAGUCAAGAAGAUGACGGUCAAGGAGAUGGCCGUGGGAGUGGCCACCUUCCUUUACACCAUCUUAAUGGGCAUCCUUGUCUUCUUCUACAGCGUCCUCAAGGGCUUCUUCCUGCUCAUCUGGAACACCCUCUUUGGCGGUGGCUUGGUGGAGGAGGCCAAGAAGCUCACCAUGACCGAACUGUUGGCCAGCAUGCCCGACCCAACUCAGGAUGAGGUUCAUGGAGACGUGGCUCCUUCUGACGAAGAGGAGCAGGCGACGGAAGAAGGAGAAGAAAUCAGUAUCGUGGAGCCCGGCAAGGAGGAAGCAACUGUGGAAGGUGGAGAAGGUUACGGAGCGGAUCCAAAGAAAGAGCAUUUCCGUUCAACGGCCGCUGAUGCGCCGGGCGGGCUUGGAGAUAUGGGGGACACCACCCCAGUGGAACCUCCCACCCCUGAAGGGACACCCAUCCUCAAGAGGAAAUUGGU